AUGGCCUCGCAGCCUCUGGCGGGCUCUGGACCGAUGCCGGCCUCCUCGACCGGCCCUGAUCGAGGCUCUGGAGCCCCUCCGGAGCCGUCCCCAACCUCAAGGGCUAAACGCCGCUGCGAUACCGAGGCCCAGCUAGCCUGGCUCAGCCUCGUGGGAAGCCAGCCUGACGCCUCUACGACAACCCCCUUAACGGCUAAGGGGCCCUCAACUGUGAAUAGGACAGCUGCUGGAGCUGUCCUUACAGCCCUUAGUGAAGAGGCCAAGCUCUACGAAGCCCGAAAGGAUAUCUUUAUGGCUAUCGCCCAGUCUGUAGACAACGUGGUCUCUUGCUUUGAGGGGCCUAGGAAGCAGAUCGCAAAGGAGGCUACAACCUACGCUCAGACUCAGACUCUAGCCCAGCUAAAGAAGGACCUCCGGGUCUUUGCCUGCAUCCCCGAGGAGGGCCUAACGGCUGCUAGGAAGCACGCCCCUUUUGCCCUCCGCUGGAAGGUCUGCCAGGCCCUUGGCCUGCAGCUAGCAGAUAUCCCACAUAUCUACCAUAUUGCAACUAGCUACUCACUGAGACCCCUGAAUAAGCAGGUUCAGCAAGCCCUCCUUACGGACAAACAGAAACUAGCAGAUAGUCUUAGAGCCUAUAGGGUUGAGACCCCUACUAAGUGGUUCACCUAUGUUGUCCCACGCUGCCCUGCUAAGCUAUAG